CGCAGGUUUUAGCUUUAGUAGCUGAGCUGCGUGCUGGAAUUUCUCCUUUUCGUCAAGGAAGAUGAAAGCAACGUGACCUCAGCUGCUACUAGAGCUGAUUAAUUUAAGUGAAAAGUUAGUUUUUAUCAUAUUUUAAUUAAGAUACCUCAUGAACCAUACUAGCAUAUUGUUACCCUAAUAUAUCAGGUGAAACCAUGUGGCCCACACGGCGGUUGAUAAAAUACGGCUUAGUCGGUGGAUCCCUAGUGGGAACCGCACUAAGUUUACACGCCAACGAUUAUGACCUUAACUCGAUCGGAAUCGUCCGACUGGGUCGGGCUGGUAUUACAGUUUUCGACAUUGCUGCCACCUACAGAGCAAAUCUUUACAAACAGGAAUGGCCCGAUAAAAAGGAUCCAGCUUACCUGAAAUUGAAAAGCGAAACUCAUAAGCUAGCUGCUGAAAAACUCCUAGAACUGUGCCGGUCCAACCGUGGUGUGUACAUCAAGGUGGGUCAGCACAUCGGAGCGCUAGAGUACUUACUUCCGUACGAGUACGUUAAUACGAUGAAAAUUCUGCACAGCAACGCACCACAAAAUCCCAUCGAGGACCUGUACAAGGUGAUACGUCAAGAUUUGAAGGUAAAUCCGGAGGAUAUUUUUUCUUCGUUCGACGCGGAACCACUUGGCACGGCAUCGUUAGCUCAGGUUCAUAGAGCGACCCUUAAGAACGGGACCGAAGUAGCCGUAAAGGUGCAGCAUCCCUAUGUGAAGGGAAACUCAUUGGUGGACCUAAAAACGAUGGAAGUUUGUGUGAAACUAGUCUCGUGGGCAUUUCCAGAUUUCAAAUUUCAGUGGUUAGUAAAGGAAACCAAGCGAAACCUUCCUAUAGAAAUGGAUUUCGAGCACGAAGGCCACAAUGCGGAGAAGGUAGCGGUAAUGUUCAAGGAUUAUCGUUGGUUGAAGAUCCCGAAAAUCUUUUGGGAGUAUACAACAUCUCGAGUGCUAGUCAUGGAGUUUUUACAAGGUGGUCAGGUUAACGAUCUGGAAUAUAUCAAAAAGGAACAGUUGGAUCCAUACGAUAUAGCAAAUAAGAUUGGACAGCUCUAUUCCAACAUGAUUUUUCUGAAAGGUUUCGUUCACAGCGAUCCACACCCUGGUAACAUACUGGUGCGCAAAAGUGAAAAGGGAGAUACCGAAGUAAUAUUACUCGAUCAUGGUUUGUAUGCAACACUAACCGAAAAAUUCCGUUACGAGUACUCUAAGCUGUGGCUUAGCAUACUGAAGGUGGAUCAAAUGGGUAUGAAAAAACAUGCUCACGCACUCGGAGUGGAAGGAAGCAUGUGGGGUCUGUUUGCCUGUAUGGUUACCGGACGGCCUUGGAACUCGGUAAUCAGUGGAGUCGAUAAGGUCAAGCAGGAUGAAAGCGAGAAAGAGAUGAUACAGAAGGAAGGUAAGCUGGUUAUUCCGCACAUUUCUGAUGUACUGGAAAAAGUCGAUCGACAGAUGCUACUGGUACUGAAGACGAACGAUCUAAUCAGAGGAAUUGAAACGACGCUCAAAACGCAAAACCGCAUGACCGCUUUUUGGGUUAUGAGCAAGUGCUGCAUCAAAAGCGUCGGGAAUCGGGAAUACUUGGAAGCGCCAGAUCCAUGGCGGAAGCUUUCAACCUGCCUGCGGGAGAACUGGGCAAUUCUGAAGCUGAAUUUGUACUAUCUGUACCGAGGACUCGUCAGCUUUCAUCUGAUGUCAGCUCUUAAGAUGAUUUUCUAGGAAUUAAAAAAAAUUAGGUCGAGUUGAUGCUCUCUGAAGAAUAAAAGAAACACUGCGUGUGCGAUGCGUGCUUUGAUGGUGAUGGGAAUAAAAUCGGUACUCGAUUUA